AAUUUUUUAUAUUAUAUCGGCUAGAUUGUGGCAAAGCUGAAAAAAUUAAGUGCAAGUUAAAAGAUGCUUUCAACACGUAAAUAAUGAAUAAUUUAGUCAAAUAUAUAAACAAUUAAUUUUAGUUAUAACAUAAAAUAGAAUAGUCCUUGGAACUUUACUUGUAAAAGUCCAUAACAUUACGAAAAAAAAUAACAUCUGUGUAUACAAAAGUGUUGUGAAAACUAUUAGUUAUUUUCUUAACAUUACCACAAAAUAAUUGACGCCAAGAUGACGGAUACAAAAACUAUUGCUAUGCCUCAUUCUAAUGGCUUAAAUGAUAAGUCUAAAGAGUUACAAAAUGAAAUUCUGAUGGAAAAGCUCAGGUCUAAAACAUCACAAUAUAAAAACUUAACUGAAACAUCUAAAGCAGUUCGCAUGGCUCUACUGGACAAAAGAUGGGCUAUAGAUAGUGCUGACAGAAUAAUUCUACAGAAAUGCCUAGAUAGCUUACAGCAUUGUAUCAAAGUUAGCUCACUUCAAAGUCUUAUUGAGCGGCUUGAAUGCUUAUCAAGACAACUAGGGUUAAAAUUUGUUGUUGGAACAUCUGGAGUAAAUCUUUUUAUAUCUUCUGACAUGUUCUAUUUAGAAAUAUUGGUUGAAUCAUCUGGGAAUGUGAAAGAUGUCAAAAUACAUCAUGAGGGCAAGAUUGAACAACAAAGUUGUGAAGAGCUAGUACAGUGUAUUGCAAGAGGUGAUUUUGCUGACUUUACUGCACAACUUGAAGGGCUUACAGCUGUCUACCAGUUAAAUGCAGAGAAGAAGGUAAAAUGUAAAGCAUUCAGUGCUUUGCAAAGUUUAGAAGGAGACUUAUGCACAAUGAGGCAGCUGCAAAGCUUCAUAAAAGAUCCUUGGAUGCAAGUACAUAAAAGUCCUAUUGGUUUCCUACAACGGAGGAAAGGAGGACACGCAAUGCGUUUAACAUACUUCGUAUCGCCCUACGAACUGUUAGACAAGGACAAAGGACUUCAGCCCCUUACUUCGGAGUUACUGACAGACGGUCGUCCGUCUCCCUCUAACGGCCUUACGUCACUCAUCACUCCCAGUCGCACGCUUAUAGGUCAUUCAGCCCUAGUACUAUUGGAGGGAUCAGCGGCUAAUAAAUUGCAACUAGAUCCUAUUAUUUCUAGUGGACAGCGAGUUGGGAAAGGCAACGGUCCCGUGUACGCACAACUGGUGGCACAGAACAGUGCGAUGUUGCCAGCCUGCUUCACGCUCAAGCUGUCACAUCCAACGCCGCUAUGCGCUGGACUGGCCAAGCUCAUUCAUGCCACUACUGAGGUGGAAGUUGCGGGUGAUUGGUCGAACAGUAAACCAAUGUUGGGACUGAUCGCUCAACAGGCGUACAAUAGUCUAGUUCCAGGAAAGAUCAUCGAGUUGAAUCUAAGUAAAGGAUUGUUUGUGAAGCUCCCAGACCAAUGGCAGUGCUAUUUCCUCUGUGAGCGUCGUGGACUCGAAGGAUGUGUGGUACAAAGCAUUCCCUUCACUCAUCCCUCGCACGUACCGCAAUUGCUCGCCGCGUUACGUCAGCAAGCGUUGUUCAACGCCCUCAUUGCGUCAUGCGUACGCGCACAGACUAAACAUGUUGUGGACCUGGAAAGCGUACUAAUGUUCGAAGUGAGUGCGUUGUCAUGGCAACACAUUUCGAUAUCCCUCGAACACCCGUUAGACGAGAGUAUGGCAACGGUUGAACUAGAAUUGGGCGAACCGGCAACGCCGCGCGCCACAGUGUACACACUCAACUCGCCUGCCAGGGACCACGUUGACGACUAUAUCAGCAAGGUCCUUCAGAAGAGCCAUUCUAUACCAAUCACGUUAAGAUCAUUGGUGAAUAUCUGGGAGCGGGAAGCGGCAGCGAAACAAAUGAACGGCGGCUACUCCGGUCUCGAGUCGAAUUUUAGCUGUGGCCUGGGGGGCAUCGACCCCGGGGGCGACCACAAGCCCUCCCCUUCGCCUUCCCCGUCGCCCCACAAUCGAGCCCUUUACCCCUCUUCUGUCUCGCAUCCGCAUCAAGGAGGCGCAUACCUCUCUGAUCAGCAACACCACAUGUCAAUGAUGUGUCAAGAUUCGAAUGACUCAAAAUCCCAAAUGGAUGACAGAAAGUCCAAAAAACGUAAAUCUGACUUGUGGCCUCCAUCCACAAAGAAAGGGAAACCCGGUCUGGGAGAUUUAGGCGCUUCGGACAGUGAAAGUGACAAUUCUGACGGUUUUAACGAAGAUGACAAUACAAUGAAUAGUAAUUCAACCAAUGACGAUAUUGAGGGACAGGAGUCUUCAAUUUCGCAGAAUGAUUUUACGUCAGAUCUGGAACUGUCAGGAAUGGAUGCGGAUGCCUUGGGAGGGGCCGAUAAUCGGACGUCGUCUGAUAUUGACAACUCGAACGAUGGCGAUGUUGAAGAUAUAAUCAGGAAUUCUUUUCAUAAGUCCGAGCACAAAAGGCAAAAAGUGAAAAAUAAAGAAGUAGAAUCUCGCAACAGAAGUACGUCUUCGUUGCUCCUAGAUCUCACGGACGGCAAAUCAUAUAUGCCGUCUUCUGUGAGUAUAACACCAAUUACAUCAAAUUCCUCAAACCAAUCCGGUUCGAGCUCAGCGUCUACUUUGUCCUCUAUGCUAUGUCUGGAUAGAAGGCACGGGAUAGAGAUUAUUCCUAUAACUGCCGCGCCUCCCGCGGCUUUGCCCAGUUCUAUAACAAUAACUCCUAUUACUAGUUCACAAAUGAAGUCUAUGGACGACCGCAUACGAUCCGAGAAGAAAUCCAGCAAAUCUGGCGAAGAACGUAGCAAGGAGAAGAAAAAGAAGCGCCGAAGAGAUGAUUCCAUGGGACCUCCUGAAAAAGUCCCGCCGAAACAAGACCCACUUACAAAGCCUGUGUCAGUCAGUAUUAAGCCAACCGAUGGUUCACCAUUGCAGUCGACAUCCCCAAACUCUAUUUUAAGAAAAUUUAGUCCCAGUCCCACACACGGCAGGUCCGUAUCUAUAACAAAGUCCCCGACUCCAAAUACCGUCAAAAUGGGUAAACCCUCUGGAACAUCAAGCCACCAUAAUAGCCCCAGACAUUCUCCAGUACAAAGUAGUCCCAAACAUUUGGCCGGAUAUUCCAGUCCAAAAAACCACACAAUCUCUUCCCCUAAACAUAGCUCAUCCGGUUCGGGGAAACCUAGUAUGUCUACAUUGAAAUCUGCGACGAGUGGUUCGCCUUCAGGAAAAUCUGGCACCACAGGAUAUGACCUCACGAAAAAGAUAUCUAAAGACUCGUACGGAUCGUCAUCGAUGUCUUCGAGAGACAAAGAGAAGAAACACUCCGGAUUAUCUUUUUCUAGUUCGGGUAGAAGUAGCCCGAAAUUAAAAAAUCCACUAAAAUUAAAACAACUUGAAAUUACUCCGGUUACGUGCGAUAGUCCUGUCACUGAGCCUUUGAUUUCACCGCCCAAUGUUGAGGUUAACAAGUCGAAUGCCCCGAGUCAAGCCCGCAACAGAAAAGGUUCUCUUAGUGCAGUCAUAGACAAGCUUAAGUCUGCUCAACAUUGUGGAACUGAUUCAGAAAUAACAACCUCCAAAUCUAGUUCCUCUAGUAGUAGUAGCAAGUUCAAUGAUUCAAAAAACAGUUCAGGAAGCAGCAAUUUAAAAAUGAGUGAAAGCAAAAAUCAAGAAUAUAUGGUGAAACCCAGUUUAGAUGGAAUGAAGAUUACUAUAAAUAAAACAAGAACGAAGGAAUCUUCAAGUGGGAGCUCGAAAUUAAGUUAUUCUGGCUCCAAUAAACAAUCUUCUCCACAGUUGACUCCGCCCAGCCAAGGAUCACCGAAAACUCACACGGGCUUAAAACCGGGAGUAAUCAGUGGACCUGCGUCCAAGAAGACUCAAGUAAUGCAGUCUUCUAAAUCUGGUAACCUGACUCCUGGCUCCACGCCGCCUAAAGCGAAUAUGAGUCCAUCUGAGUCUUCCAGCAUUAGCGCAAGUGCUUCACCAAAAGUGCCUUACUCUAAAUCAUCCGGUAGCAGUAAUGCCGGUAUCAAUUUAUCGAAGUCGAGCUCUAAGUCGAGUUCGGGGUCCCCAAAAAGCAGUAGCUCUGAUCUUGCCAAAAUUAUGCGUGACAGGGAACGCGAAAAGUCGAGGAAUAAGCUUAUGAGUAAUUCUGAAAAAUCUAUAUUUUCAUCCAAAUCUGAACGGCAUUCUAGUCCGAGUGGAUCUCGAGAUGAUGUCGACGGUGAUAGAUUUAAGGGUUCCAAAGAUGCAAGUUUUCUGGUUGAAGGUUUAAUUAAACCAUUAGAUACGAGCAAAUUUCAAAUACCAAAAUUGAAAAAUCAGAAUCCUUCCGACAAAAACAAUCCAGUGUCUCAAUACGAUAGUCGUUCUAUGGUCAACGAUUUUUCUAGAUCCAUGGAUCAAAAUAAAUAUCCAUUUCCACACUUCGACACUCCAAACAGAAGUAGUGAUCAAAUGAAAUCUGGUUAUCCAUUGAAUGUUCCAAAACCUUUACUAAAUAUGGGUGGUGUAAGUCCAAAAACUUUGGUUACCAAAGCUGAACCGACGGAUUUUUCAAAAGUGUCUGAAAGCUUAGCUAAAGGUGAUAGCACACAAAGAUCAAAAGACGAUAGCAAAGAGUCGUAUUCGGGAUCGUAUCCCUUAAUGCCAUUGGAUUUUAAGACAGAUAUGGCAAAGGGGUUUCCAGCGCCAAAGGGAAGUUCUGAAGAUAGAAAGGGUGCAGAUUCUUGCAUGAAACCGCCAACAAGUGGGUCUGUCCCACGGAGUGGAGCAACUACUCCACAGGAAGCGGCUGAAAUGCUUUUGGACUUCUCAUCGUCCUCUGCCAGUAAGGUUUCUGGAAUGGUUGCGGUUAGACCUGUUUAUCCGCCAUCUCCAGCUCUCUUGCAGCUGUCAAAGAGUCCAGCUCCGUCACCAUUAGUUGCUGCCUCCCCUCAUUCAAACUCCCCUUGUAUAUCUGACGAUGAGCUGAUGGACGAAGCCCUAGUUGGCCCCGGGAAAUAAGUUGGGUCAACUAAUGUACAAGAAAAUGUUUGUUGUGAAUAAAAUAUAUGUAAAUUGUAUUAAAAUGAACAAGAUAUAAUUUGUUUAUUGUUACAAAUCAAAUGUAAAAUAUUAUUACUCAAUAUCUUAUUUUUACAUGAGUUUAUAUGAACUUGUUUUUCAUAAUUUACUUUUGAAAGGGGCACCAAUAUUAUACAAAAGUAAUUAUUGUAUACUGAGUAGGGUAUUCUAUUUUAAGGUAUUUAAGUUAAAAUGUAAUGGAGCAAAUUGGUAAUAAAUUAUGUACACACUAAGAAAUCUCUACCAUAUUCAAAUUUGUUUCGUUUCAACAUUAAGGUAAGGUUCAUACUAUUAAACAAAAUUUACUGUAUUCUUGUCUCUAUAUCCCGAAUUAUGCUUAGUGGGUAAUAAAAUAUAUUAUUUAUUUAAAUUAUGUUAACCCACCUAAUUAUACAUUAUUUAUAAUUACAAAUAUCUAUAUAAACUUUCUUUAAGUUUAACAUUGUACCAAUGGCCAAUUCCAUCGAAAAUUUUAUAAUUUUAAUGAAAAGGAAUUUAUUGCUUGGGACUUUACUAAAAGUUGUUUCUGUAAUUCGAGAAAAUACAAAAGACACAGUAAAAUAUGUAUUAUAAUUUGUGCUAGAAACUAAGUUCAUGAGGUUAAUGACGAAAAAAAAUCUAUAGUUGAUAAAAAUGGAUGGGAUUGGUAUAUGUAGCAUUUAUUGUCUUAUUUAAAGGUUUAAAAUAAACGUGAUGAAAUAUUAA